CAGAGGAAUUCAGAACAAUCCAGUCCAAGAGAGAUUAGGAAGCAGAGUAAAUGAGAGAGGGAGAAAGACAAAGGAUAUUUAAUAAGGAGACACAUGACAAGAACACAAGAAGACAGUCAAGAAAGGUUCUCAUUUAUCUUGUAGUGACGAGAGAGAGAGAGAGAGAGAGAGAGAGAGAGAGAGAGAGAGAGAGAGAGAGAGAGAGAGAGAGAGAGAGAGAGAGAGAGAGAGAUAUGGGGGUAACAGCAGUUGUGGGUAUGUGCCUGUUGUGGGUAUGUGCCUCAGCCCUGGGGCAGAGUGGUGGUAGGAUAGAGACUAGUGAUAGUCGUGGUGGUAGUAUAGAGACUAGUGGUGGUAGUAUAGAGACUGGUGGUAGUAUAGAGACUAGUGGUGGUAUAGAGACUAGUGGUGGUAGUGUAGAGACUGGUGGUAGUAUAGAGUCUAGUGGUGGUAGUGUAGAGACUGGUGGUAGUAUAGAGACUAGUGGUGGUAGUAUAGAGACUGGUGGUAGUAUAGAGACUGGUGGUGGUAGUAUAGAGAAUGGUGGUGGUAGUAUAGAGACUAGUGGUGGUAGUAUAGAGACUAGGGGUGGUAGUAUAGAGACUAGGGGUGGUAGUAUAGAGACUAGUGGUGGUAGUAUAGAGAAUGGUUCACCUGGUAGAGCAGACCAUUUAACUAGUGAUACUAGUGGAACUAGUGAUGACACUAGUAGCCCUGAGAUUGUAAUUGGUCAAACCGUUGAUAGUGGUAAUGAUGGAACUGGCGUCGGUGGUCCGACUGGUUCCGUGGGCCGUCUGCUGGUAAUACCGAUGGACGGAAGCCACUGGGUGGGGGUUAAGGCCAUCGCCGAGGAGAUGGGUCGCCGUGGACACCAGGUUACCGUGGUGAUCCCCGAGGUGAGCAUGCGUCUGGGCCCCAGCAGCAACUGCAGGACUGUGUCAUAUCCUGUCCCAUACGGCCAGGAGACAGUGGACAUGCUGAUGGACAAGCAUGCAGAUAACCUGCGUGCUGCCACACUGCCCCUAGUGGAGCGGAUGACUCAACGCAUGGCUAAUAUCCAGAAUGUCAGCUCCUUCAUACUGACUACUGCUGAGAGUCUGCUGUUCAACACCACACUAAUCACAUCUCUGGAACAGCAGGGUUUUGAUGCAGUGUUGACCGACCCGCUGGUCCCUACAGGCAGUCUGAUAGCCAGGCGUCUGGGCGUUCCGUCUGUGUGUCUGCUCAGAGGGAUACCCUGUGGUCUGGACCUGGCCUCAGCCGCCUGCCCUUCUCCUCCAUCUUACGUUCCACGCUUCUUCACCAAAUACACACAUAGCAUGAGCUUUCCACAAAGGGUGGGCAAUGUACUGGUGAGUCUGGUGGAGCCGUUGCUAUGCCGACUGCUGUACUUGCGCUUCGACCAGCUGGCCAAUCGCUUCCUGGGAGAGGAUGUGGGUGUGGCCGAGGUACUGGCAGACACCGCCCUCUGGUUGCUAAGGUAUGACUUUACGCUGGAGUUUCCUCGCCCUCUCAUGCCUAAUAUGGUGCUGGUGGGAGGGAUCAACUGCCAUGUCAGGAACCCUCUGCCACAGGAGCUGGAGCAGUGGGUGUCAGGGGAACAUGGCUUCAUGGUGUUCUCUCUGGGCUCCAUGGUGGCGUCUCUACCAGAAGACAUCACUCACAUCUUCCUACAGGCCUUCACCCUCAUACCACAGAAGGUCCUGUGGCGGUACUCUGGGCCUGUUCCUGGCAACGUUCCAGACAACGUGAAGAUGAUGAAGUGGAUCCCUCAGAAUGAUCUGCUGGCUCACCAUGGUGCACGGGCCUUCCUGACCCACAGCGGGACCCAUGGUCUGUACGAGGGGGUGUGUCACGCCGUUCCCAUGGUGAUGCUGCCGUUGUUUGGCGACCAACCUGACAACGCUCAGCGAUUGGCCAGUAAGGGAGUGGGCGUGGUUCUGGAUAUUAACCAUAUCACAGUGGAAACACUGCUACAGGCGCUGGACGAGGUUGUCAACAACCCCAGGUAUAAGUCCAGUGUGCUGAAGCUCUCAGCCAUUCACAAGGACCAACCAGUGGACCCCCUGGAGCUCUCUGCCUAUUGGACAGAGUUUGUGAUGCGCCACAAAGGGGCAGGCCACCUGAGAGCCGCCGCCCACGACCUCAAUUGGUUCCAGUACCACAGCUUGGAUGUGAUUGGCCUGUUGAUCGUCGCGGCGACGGCCGUUGUCAUGAUGACGUUAAAGUGCUUAUCGCUGUGCGUGCGGAGGUUCACAACCAGGAAGAUUAAGGAGGACUGACCAGUAGGGGCGGAGCCUAGAGGCAACAACAGAUAUCCACAUUUAUUUUAAAUUUCCUAAAAUGUUGUGUAUUCAAAUUGUGUAUAUCAACUUUUCCUAAUAAACACCUGGAGGACGGACAGCCGUCCCCCUUGUUCUGUCCCACCACCAGCACACCUGGGUCUCCUUCAGUAGAGAGGCAACUGAGUGAAAUGGCAACAUCUCCAUCUGAGGAUAAAGGAACCAACCAAGAGGGAAUCAGAAGCAAAGCAAAAAAGGACUCUACACUAAUGAACUAAUGAAUACACCACAGAUGUCUUCAGGACAUAAAGAUGGUGGUGUGUUUUUCUGUUUCAGUGUCGGGGAGAGUAAUCCUAACCACGCCAAUACAACUGUUCAGUGGAUUAAAACCACACAAAAGUUUAUUAUGCAUUCAUUAGAAUUACAGUCUGAUCUGGUCCACUGUUGACGACAAAUCUAAUCCACUGUUAUGUUCCACAGCUAAAUAAAACCAAACAGGUACAGGUUUA